AUGCGGAAACAUCUACGUCAUCCCGACGCGCAUGCGCGCACACAGGCCACAACACCUUCCGAAGUCAAGUGUGUGAUUCUGGGACAGACGGAGGCAGGGAAGACCAGUCUGCUCAACUGUAUAAUGAAGGGUCAAGGUCACGUGGAGACUGAAACUAACAGGACCAUCGGUGUUGACGUCAUCACUUACCAUGACAACAAGAAUAACGUCAAGUACGAGAUGUACGACUUCGGAGGUCACCAGAUCUACCACUACACGCACCGGUUCUUCCUGACACGUCAGGCCCUGCACAUCCUCAAUGUAGACCUGCCAGGAUACAAGUCAGAAGAGUUCCAGGAACGAGUGGGAACGUGGCUAACAUCCGUGACUUCCCACGUGUUCAACCCGCCUAUCCUUGUUGUAGGAACCAAGGUCGACCUGUUCCCGCCAGACAAGGCCGAGGAGAUGAUAGCAGCAGCCUGUUCCUCCAUCCAGAGAGACAUCCAGGCCGCUGAGAGUAAAAUACAAACCAAGCUAAACGAAGAGAUCCAACUCUGUCAGAAGGCGGUGGAUGCAGCGGACGGCGGAUCAGACAUAUUCGGACCUUUCUACGGUCUCACAAGAGACAACAUCUUGGCUAAGAAAGAGUCACUGGAGAAGUUACUUGACGGACGAUCGAAAGGUCUGUUAAACGUACAGGUUAUCCCAGUCAGCAGCAAGACGUUCCAGGGUAUCGAAGCUCUGUGCGACAAGAUGGCAGAAAUGGUGAAGGACGAGCGAUUGUUCCCUGCUGCCCGCCAAGAGCUGCCGACUUCCUGGACCAAACUGUCAGAAAACGUCAAGACUUCAGGACGGCCGUACCUUCAUGUCAGGGAUUGUCAGGACGUCGGAGCAGCUGCAGGGAUGAAGGAGUCAGACGUCCUGAACGCGCUCAGCUAUCUGCACGUGACCGGACAGAUCCUGUUCUACAACCACAUCAGGGGAAUGGAAGAUCUGGUCUUCCCGGACCCAACCAUCAUCCUCAAACUCUUCAAGCAGAUCUUCAGGCAUGACCAACCGGCAUAUCUGGACAGCAAAGCUGAGUCUCUCUCUGAACAUACCAGAGCGCAGUUUGUUGAAGACAGGGCGUCCUUCCUGAAGACGGGCAGGGCAAGCGACAGUUUCAUGAAGAACCUGCUUGGAGACAACAUUGUCACCUUCAACAGUCUCCUUCCCCUGAUGAAGCACUUCGGCCUGUGUUACUCAGGGUCGGUGAUCUUUCCAACAGAGCUUCCUGCCGCCCAGCCUGACGAGGUGGCGCGCUGUUGGCCAGAGGUUGUGCCAUCAGGCGGAGAGGAGAUCUCUGUUACUAUAGAGUACAGCCAAGAGCCUCCUCUGGGUCUACCGGAAACCAUGGUCUCCCGUAUCCUGUCCAUGGAGCAGACCACACGCCGUCUCCUCACCAAGGACACAGUUGUCGUUCAUGUUGGAGAGAACUCAGAAGACGUCAUGUACCGCCAUUUCCCUACAAGAGAAGAAAUCCGGAUCCGGGGAGAGCCGGAGAAGGCGUGGCGCCAGGCUCAGACGGUAGCGAAGGUGAUGGAGGCUUGCUGGGACGAGUUUCCUGCCUUGUACUCCAGUAACAGUGUAGGGAGCGGAGAAACAACAAAGUCGCUCACUAUAGAGGCUGUGAGGCGUCACGUGCCGGGUGACUUGUUGAGAAUGUCGGAAGGAAACUGGGAACGGCCACUCGAUAUUCCUGACAUCAGAACGCCGGAUGACGCCAUUGGCAAAUAUUUCAUUGACAACCGGCUGUACCAGAUCAGCAGGGCUGUUGGUGAGGAGAAGCAGCUGUGGACCCGGCUGGGACAGGAGCUGGGACUGAACAGGGGCGUGCUGGACAACAUUAGAGGUAGAAAUGACACCCAGCAGGCGUUCCAGAUGCUGAAGGCGUGGCGCACCAAGGCCCCCCACGGACCGCUCCACUACCUGCCGCAGCUGGAGGAAACACUGCAGAACAUGGGCAAACCGGACCUGGCUGCAGAUGUACAGGGGGUGUAUAAGGAGUACCGUGAUGCCUUGCCGUUGCAAGAGGUCAGUCCUGAGAUGACCGGAGACACACAGUGGUCCCUCCGCCUGCCAGGUGAAGGGAAGUACCUGUGCAGACGGACCGACCUGGGCGUGGUGACGCCCUACCCGCUGUGUAACUCACCCCAGAAGACCUCCAAGUCGUGCACGUGGUGGGAGAUUCCCCCGAGCUGCUGCCGGUUACAGAACUCACCCCCUCCCAUGCCGUGA